CGAUGAUGCGCCGGCGGCAAUGGCCCGGACAUCUCCCAGUCGGUCCUAUUCACUCAUUGGCGGAUUUCCUAAUCUCCCUAAUUCCUAUCAGUGACUCGAACAAGCAAAAAUUCUAAUCGCCGGAUGACAAGGAGGACGUGGCUUCCGACCGUGCCGACCGCCGACUUUUGCUCCAUUUCCUGACGCGACUCGCUUCCAUCCUCCUCCUCCUCCUCCUCCUCUCUUCUCAUCUCUUCAUCUCCUCACUCUCCUCUCCAUUCGACGCAGAGCACCCCUCUAGCCGAAAAUGAUCUCCACCGUCACCCGCUCCGCACUCCGCCUGCGCAUCGCGCCCCGCCUCGCCCGCUCGACCUCGGUCUGGGCUAGCGUCAAGGCCGGUCCCCCCGACGCCAUCCUCGGCAUCUCGGAGGCGUUCAAGGCCGACACUGACCCCAAGAAGAUCAACCUCGGCGUCGGUGCCUACCGUGACAACAACGGCAAGCCCUACGUCCUCCCCUCCGUCCAGAAGGCUGAGGAGAUCCUCUACAAGGAGAAGUCGGACAAGGAGUACCUCCCCAUCACCGGUCUUGCGUCCUUCGACAAGCUUGCCGUCGAGCUCGCUUACGGCGAGGACUCUGCUCCCAUCAAGGAGGGCCGCCUCUCGGUCUCGCAGUCGCUCUCUGGUACCGGCGCCCUCCGUGUCGGCAUGGAGUUCCUUGCUGAGCACUACGGCGCCAGCAAGACCAUCUACGUCCCCACCCCCACCUGGGGCAACCACGCCGCCAUCGCCAAGCGCGCUGGCCUCAAGUGCGAGAAGUACCGCUACUUUGACCCCGCCACCGUCGGUCUCAACUUCGAGGCCAUGGUCGAGGACAUCAAGGCGAUGCCCGAGGGUUCGAUUGUGCUUCUCCACGCCUGCGCCCACAACCCCACCGGUGUCGACCCCACCCAGGAGCAGUGGAAGCAGCUCUCCGAGGUCGUCAAGGCCAAGAAGCACUUUGCGUUCUUCGACAUGGCCUACCAGGGCUUCGCCUCGGGCGACACCGUCCGUGACGCCUUCGCCGUCCGUUACUUUGUCGAGCAGGGCCACCAGAUCCUCCUCUGCCAGUCGUUCGCCAAGAACCUCGGCCUCUACGGCGAGCGUGUCGGCACUGUCUCGCUCGUGACCGCCUCGGCUGAAGAGAAGGCCCGCGUCGACUCGCAGCUCAAGCUCGUCAUCCGCCCCAUGUACUCGAACCCCCCUGUCCACGGCGCCCGCCUCGUCUCGACCAUCCUCUCCACCCCCGAGCUCAAGGAGCAGUGGCUCUCCGAGGUCAAGCUCAUGGCUGACCGCAUCAUCGACAUGCGCGAGAAGCUCUACAACAAGCUCGUCGAGCUCAAGACGCCCGGCGAGUGGGGCCACAUCAAGUCGCAGAUCGGCAUGUUCUCCUUCACCGGCCUCAAGCCCGAGCAGGUCGACGCCCUCGCCCAGAAGGCCCACAUCUACCUCACCCGCGACGGCCGUAUUUCCAUGGCGGGCCUCAACGACUCGAACGUCGAGUACUUUGCCGAGAGCAUGAGCAAGGUCGUCAAGGGCGAGCUCUAGAUGAGCGCGCAGUAGAUGUCGGCGAAAACUACCCCGCUUAUGGGACUAGACCUAGAUGCAGCUGGUUAAUGUGU